AUUGUAAUUGUUAAACAAAUUUGUAGCAAGAUGAAUAGUACGGCUGAAGAAAGUGAAAACGAAAUUCCCGAACGAAAUGAGUCCCAAUCAGAGGGGUCGGUGUUCGGGUCCGAAAGUGAUGAAGGCCCUGCAGAUGUGCAGAAGAAAACAGUGCAAACCGACGAUGAAGAAGAUGUUGAGCAAACAGACGAUGAAGAAGAUGCUGAGCAAACAGACGAUGAAGAAGGAGCCGUAGAAGUGACAAAAGCUCCGGCAGUGAAUGGGCCCUCCAAGGAGGAGGAGAAUUCUAUGUCAGAUUCCGAAGAGGAUACUGCAUUCCCGCCUAUAUAUCCCACUCCGCCCCCUGAGGACGGACGGGCGCGUAAGCGUAAGGACACUGUUCUCUCGAUGGCACUGGAUGCACUGCAAGCACUGAACAGUAGAAGUGGAUCAUCGGUUCGGGCCAUUGUCAAGUACCUCAAGAGCAAUGGCCACAAGGUGGAGAACGAGCGACGCUUAAUUUUGCUGGUGCACAAGGUGCUCAAGCAGAGCGUGAUCAGCGGUCAAGUGGUGCAGAAUAAACUUUCAUUCAAGCUUUCCGAAACCACGAAAAAUGAACGAAAAGCUAUGCAAAAAAUGAAAGCCAAUAAGGCCAAGGCGGAGCAGAAGGCCCAGGAACGGGCCAAGAAAGCAGAGGAGAAAGCCAAGGCCAAGGAAGAAGCCAAGGCUACGUCCAAGAAGGUGAAGCCCAAACCAAAGAAAGCGGUGGCGGCCGAAGAGAAUAAAGCAAAGGCUAAGCCGAAACCCAAAGCUAAACCAGGAAAGGAAAAGCCUGCGAAGGAAAAGCCUGCGAAGCCUUCAGAAAGAAAAACUAAUCAACCCAGAAAGAAAUUGAAGACGGACGAGGGUGCUGUUGCCGCUGUGGCUUCCACAUCGAGCAAAGCAGCCGCUGGUGCUGCAGUUCUGGCCGCUAUGGAAGUGGAAAUGGCAGGUCCAUCUGAAAAGCCUCUUAAGAAAAUAAUGACUAAAUUGGUAUUUGAUGAUGAUGAUGACGCUGCCGAAGCGCCAGAGACUAGCAAGGGAAAGGGAAAAGGAAAGGGCAGCGUUAAAAUUAACAUAAAACUAAAGAAGCCCAUACAAAAAAGGGCAAAGGGUGAGGCAGUGAGCGUGAAAGCUGUCAAGCAGAUGGAAGGCAAGAGUCUUCCUGAUGUGGACAAAGAUCUAUUGGACAAUAUGCUGGUGGCCCAGGCCACCUCAACGCCCCAGGCUCUGGUCAAGAAGACCGCGCGCAAGCGCAAAUAAAUUGUUCCUACAAUUUUUAAGUUUUUCUAUUUCAUUGUCAAUCGUUGAAUGUACUUUAAUACGAUAAUAAGGAUGAUUAAUGUUCUGCGAAUUUUUAAUAUGAAACCCAAUAAUGUAUAAAGACAGUUAAGAUAUAAUAAAAUAUUGAUAAUA